UUGCACAUCCUACUCAUGAAUAUAUAAUUACGUUAUUGGUAAGCAUCCAAUGGCGACGCAGCAGCUCAUAAAUAUGAUACCCGUGCAGCAGCUGUUGAACUUUCCUCUAAACGCAAAAACUUCCCAGACUGUCCAGUUUUAUUUCUCAACAUGAGACGACAUCAGAGCCACAUAAUCCACUGAUCUCAGGACAUUUCUGAUGGAUGUCUCAUAUAAGGAUAUGAGUUUGAUAUCAGCUGUAGACUCUCAUCUCCUGAACUGGGUUUAUCUGUCUCUUCAGGACUCAUCUGAUGAUGAUGGAAACCACCAGAACAAACCUGAGCUGGAUUCACAUCAUCAUUCCAACAUCAUAAGAAACUUCAUUCAUCAGAGAGACAGCAGCUUAUAUAAGACUUUAUCUACUUAUUACUCUUUAAACAACAUCCUCGAGGAUCUCAGCUCGUUGACAGAAAACUUCUCUGACCUCUCGAUCUCCUCUGAACCUCAAAGACCCUGCAAGAAACCUCCACCCAACUACCUGUGUCACCUGUGCUUCAAUAAGGGUCAUUACAUCAAAGACUGUCCACAGGCUCGUCCUAAAGGUGAGGGCCUGACCCCGUAUCAGGGGAAGAAGAGAUGUUUCGGGGAGUACAAGUGUCCCAAAUGCAAGAGAAAAUGGAUGAGUGGAAACUCUUGGGCAAACAUGGGACAAGAAUGCAUCAAAUGCCACAUCAACGUCUAUCCACAUAAACAGCGUCCUCUGGAGAAACCUGACGGUCUGGAUGUGUCAGAUCAGAGUAAAGAGCAUCCGCAGCAUCUCUGUGAGAAGUGUAAAGGUUUGGGAUAUUACUGCCGUCGAGUUCAAUGACCUGACAGACAUUCAUUCACAUCCUCAUCCACCCUGUAACACGGGUAAAUCAACUCGGCUUUACUUUAACUAUUUAAACUGAACCCUAAAAUAAAGGAUGUUCCAGGAUCAAAAUAACACGAAGAUUGUGAAGUCUUGAUUUGAGCAUCUGCUUCAUUUAAAUGGACAGCCUCUUUAAAUGGAUUAAAUGUUUUUGGGGUCACUGCAUAUAAUCUCUGUUGAAUAUAUAUUUUAAUGCCUUAUAUUUGACAUCAGGUCAGUUGCACAUCAGUGCAAACAUGAUUCACAAACACAUUUACAAUGUGAAAUACCUCCAGUAUGUUUAAAUGAAUCACUAUUCUGAUGUUAUCUUAAUAUUCAUCUUUAUAUACAGAUGAGAGUAUUAAACACAUCUACAGUUGUUUAUUCAGAGAUCUCAGGUCAGCUGAACUAAAAGUCAUGUUCUGCAGUUUUAAGAUUAUUAUAUAAUCAUAUUAUUAAUCAACCAAUGUCAUUACAGAAUCCAUCAAUGAAUGUACUGUUGUUUAAUAUGAUGUCAUGUCACAUUCUGGAGGAUACAGAACCGACUUUGGUACUUACAAAAUUGUAAUAUUACGAAAGGAUUGAAACUGAUAUCAAUAUAUUUGAAAGAAAAUGUGUUGUUUAGAUACACAUAUAGACAUGUGAAGAUAUCCUGCAAUGUAGAAAUGAGUGAAUCAAAGCUAUAACAUCUCAUAAAACAGACUUUUAUAUUCCUUGAUGCUGUUAUUUAUUAAAUAUUCAUCUCAUUUAGAUGACUUUGUUCAAUCUUUAUGAUAAUUUUUUACAUGUAAACUAAAGAUAGUUUUGAUUCAUUUUUACACUUUUAAAUAUCACAUUUUUUUAAAAUAUAUUGUAAGAAUUUUGAUUGAUCCUGACCAAAAGGUCAGCCCUUCCUGAGAAACAGCAUGGACGCCCGAGAAUGCAGUGUGUGUGCCCUGUAGGUGCCCGAGACAGCAGAACAUCAAAAGAGAACCUUUUGCAACACAACAAGUUUCCUACAGGACUCACGGCAGGAGACCAAGACCCCCAAAACACCUUUCUCGAGAAUCAGAACUUUGUAUUGUCGAGCAUCACAUCUCCAUACAAAUGGUUGAUCUGCGAACAGAUGGAUGCCCUUGAUUGCCGGGCAUCACAUCUCCAUGCAAAUGGCAGAUCUGCAGACAAAUGUCUGCCCCUCUACCCCUCCUUUCAUUGUUAUUCAUGUUUGAUUUCAUUAAAAAGGUUUCAUCGCGACUGGUACACAGGUUUCAUUCCCAUAUCAAUAAAACAAAGGUUUAAUAGCUUACACCCACCACAAAUGUAUCCAGGAUGAGGUGCCUCCCACAGGUCUGUAAGAACCAAUCACUGCAAACUCCCAUUUGUAAAUAAUGUAUACAUAAUGUUUAUUCCGUCUGGGUAUUUAAGGAGAGCUGACAAACAUUUCAGGGAAUCUGUAUACAGAUAUCCCGCACGAUCGCUGUGUGUAGUUUACAUCUCCAGGUAACAUUUUCAAACCUUCUCAUUUUGUACCAUUAAGGUUUUGUAUGAUUGAUCAAUGUAUUAUAUUACUUGAAUUGAAGAUUCGCUUUUGUAUUAUAGAAUGUCUUUAUGGGAUUGAUCAAUGUUUUAUUUUGUCUGAGUUGGUUUUGAAUUAUUUCAUAUUUCUUAUGAUUGGUUUAUAUGUUAUAUUGAUUGAAUCGACUUUACGAUUAAUGACUGAAUUGACUUUGAAUUAUUGUGUUGUUUACCUGGUAAAUAAAUUGUUACAUUUGUAUUCAUUCUAUUUUCUCUGUAUCAUUGACUUUUCUAAGUUACGAUAAAGUAUCACGAUAUCCUUUGUUACCACAAAUCUUUGAUCGGGGUUAAUUCAUGUUAAUUAGAUUCUGCCUCUUAACUAUGCUGGUGGGCAGUCGCAUGGACUAUUAGAAUGAUAGCCCUAUUAUCCAUUUUGUAAUUAAGUUGUUAUAUAGUUCUAUUAUUUAACUAUAUGCGUCUAGAAGGAGCUAGAUUGAACCUCUGAUUAUGAUAAGUGUUAUAAGCGACUGUGGGGGCUAUAUGGAUACUAUUUAAUGAGAGCACG